AUGCAAACACCUCGUUCCUCUGUGGCAAGCCUGCUGGACGAUGCCGGAUCGCCGUUUCAAGGGUAUCCCCCACGCACGGCUGCCAGGCACAUCUACCAGCCGAGUUCCCUCGCACUGACACCAGUGAACUCCAAAACAGUGAUACUGCGCUGCUCCACGUCGCCUCAGUUAUCGCGGAGUAGAAGUUACGGGGCAGAGGAGCUUCACAAGACAAAGCCACGGUUGCUGACUCCGACGUUUCUAAAAGUGGAUUGCGAUGACGUCGAUGUCUCUGCAAGGUUAGACCUUGAGUUUCUUACUGCUGCCCAGUCCACCCAGCCGAACAGCAAGACGUGUCAUUCCCUGCCCAGCAAUAUAGAUCAUUCAACAAUGUUUGCAGGAGCGGACAAAUUAUUAUUCUGCAACGAUGGCGGAUGUUGUUUCUCCAACACCAGGGAGUUGACGCAAGCCUUCGAGGAAACGGCGAAGACGCCGUGCAACGGAGCCCCAGCGGCUGAGGAGGAUCGCCAGGGCCUGGACGACGCCGAGGACAGGCAGAGUACCUCGUCACAUUCUUCGGUGCAUACGCCCGUUGAGAAUAUCAUUCACUGCCUUACGCCAUUCUGGACGGCGGGUCUUGUGACGCCACAAAAAUCGGCCCGACCACCCUCCACUCGACUCUGGACGCCGUCGACGCACCGACGUGCCCCAUCGCUGACCAGCAUCGGUGUGGAAUUGGGGGAAACUCGUGGUAUGCUGCCGCACAAGACCCAUGCAGAUGUUCUGCUACCCAAUAGAAACCCGUGCUCACCUUAUCGGGAAUACGCUGGUGAAAGGCAGGCCUUGCUUCAGCUGCAUACGGGGGAGGAGUGGGAUGACAGUGUGGCUUCCACAACGGACGCGAUUUUGCGGCGUGUGGACGCAUGUGUCGUCGCACUUGAGCAAACGGCUCCCAUCGCCGGCACGGGGCGAGAAGAAGCUUUCCGGCCUUUGAGUUGCCUCCCCGCAAGAAGGGAUGGCAAAGCUGCGAGUGCUUUAGGUGGCAUCUGCAAGGGGGAGGAAGAGUUCUUGGACCUUUCUUCCAUUCCAGUCGAGCCGGAAGUUGCGCCGCGGGGCAACGCCAGGCCUGCAGCCGCGGUGGACGCCUUCAGUGCACAACAUCCCCUGGCAGAUGAUUGUAGAGCCUCCGAUGACUGUGCUGACGUGCAGGUCGCGUUUAGUAAGGCGUGUCGCAGCUCGCCGGAUAACCCCCGGGACGGGGUGUGGGAUGCACCUACACGCUACUCCACGGAGAGCCAGAGCUCGUUUGAGCAUAUACCCAAAAAGCUUUUGGAGACCCGCAACUUUUAUGAACUGUGCGGCCAGGAAUGGGGGUGCUGCUCUCCCUUGCCAGGCCUCAAGGGGUUAGCGAGCGGCACGGCACGGUGUGCCCCAUCUGCUGGCGUGCAUGCAUUACGGACCACAGCCAAAGAAGUUGGGUUCAAUACGUGUUAUUCACCUUUUUAUUCAUCCUUGUCGAUUCGCGUAGACUCCCAAUGCCUCAACUCCACGGGAACGUUGGGGCAAGCGCCGCAUAAACUGCACUUCUGUAGCGAGUCCCCCUUGCGACUCUCAAGCAACGGUGACUAUCCUGUUGUGGGACGCCCGUUGAGUGAUGAUGGGGAAGAGGAAGAAGUAGAACCGGGGGAUCGUUUUCGCAGUCAUCAUCGGUAUCAAUUUCUGCAUUGGCUGGCGUGGCGAAAGGCGUACGACUUUGUUCCCAUCCAUUUGGAAUGCAACGGCGUUGCUUGGCUCGUGACGCAUCGCGUGGAUGGCCUUCCGUAUGUCGUCAAGGAGAUCCCAUGCAGCCAGAGGAACUCCCUGCAGAGGGAACUGGAGUGCCUCACUCUUGGAAACGCACCGGUGAGCGCGCUGCGGCAGCAGGCGGCUGAUCACAUUACGCGGUAUUUUACGGUGACACCGUACGGCGUUGUAGCCCCCGACGCACAAGAGAGAAUGGCAUUCCUGCUGCAGACAGAGUACUUUCCCAUGGGAAAUGUGAUGGAGUGGGCGCUCGACCCACACCAGAUUCGAGGCGCGGAGUUCCGCGUUCCGCCGGAAGACUUUUGGUCGUGCGUGCUCCAACACGGUCUUCUGGCGAUGGAGAGCCUUCACGCAGCUCGCAUUAUUCACGGAAACCCACUGCCAUUCAACCUGUUUAUCUGCAACCCGAGACAUUACAAACUCGGCUGCUUUGGUGCUGCCGUAAAGUCCCCGAUAACAUAUCCUGUAGGAUCCGCAAAUGUGUUUUUGCCGCCACACACGGAAUGCGCUGCCCAGUGGACACCAUACGAGAUGGAUGUCUUUCUCUUUGCGCAAGGCAUCCUGCAGCUCAUGCAUCAGUGCAUAUGCCAGCGAAGAGUGGGUGCGAAAACGCGGCAGCUGCACGAAGGUGACGGCGAGAGGGUCUUUCGUACGUUAUUCCUUACGGACGUUACGGGUCUCUCCCUCGCUGAAUUUCAGACCGAUCGUGAGCGGGGACACCAUGCCGUUUCCGACCAUCUCUGGAGUGUGCUGCAGGCCGCUCUUCACAGGGUCCCGAUACAGACGUUGCUGCACAUGUUGGAUGCCCCCUCACGGCCCCAGUGGGCACUCAGAUUGCUUUUUUCCACUGAGGAAUUUUAUCUGCUGCGGCGUAAAGGUCAGCUGGAGCGGGCACUUGGGGGGCGUUCGCGGGGGAAACCACAGACGGAGCAGCAAUGUGAAUCUCCACUUCCGCGGCCCGCAAGCAGCCUCGACGACCUGGUGGCGCCACAUGAAUGGCCUGGUCGAGGACACGUCGUACCGCCUUUCCCAGAGGCUCAGUUCGAAUGUCAUACGUCCCAGUCCUCGUUGCCACAGGCUCCGAGGACCUCCGCCUCGCAAGGGCCACUGUUGUCUCAGGGACACGGCGUGGAGGCGUCUCCCACGCUGGGGCAAAUGCAAUUGAAACGCCAUGGAGCCGACUGCUACCAUCACCAUGGUCAGGGACGAAUCCAUCAACCGAAGCGCCAACACGGGGAGACCCAGUUAAGUUCUUGUGACACGUCUGCAGAAUUAUUUCUUCUCCCGCGCUCGUGUGCGUCGAGGAGGCUGAGCUUCAUCCAAGACAACCACUUCCUUUUCAAGAAUUCACUGGAGGUAGGCGUUACUGACGCCUCUCCUACCUCUACCGGCAAUGGGCACCCACAUCAGCUGAGCAGCCGUAUUGAAGACAACAUCCUCGCUUCCAUGCAAAGCCGGCUGGACGCACAUCUCUUUUGGACAGUCCGUCAAAUUAUGGUUGUUAUGAAUUGGGAGGACGCGUUGAAAGGGAUGACUGUAUGUGGUCACGGGAGCACGCUCGCGCGGGACUCCUUUCCACCCUCACGCGGUGCUGUGAGACCCCUCACAUCAUGGGAAUAA